CGCACUUCCAUCGCGGGCAACUGCCGGUCGUUAUUCGGGGCCCUCGGCUGUGUUCCGGGCGUGGGACGUGACCCCAGGAGCUCUCAGAGCAGCCUGUUCCUUUUUGAUCCCUCCCACUGAUGGAGGAAGGCUGUUAGCUUCGCCAGCAACUGCGGAGCGACAAAGGUGGCCUAUGGACCUACCAGAGAGCCCUGCAGGUGGGCCCGAUACACAAAUGUACCUCUGGGACCAGCCAGAAGAGAGGCGCCUGGGGACACUGCUCAACUUAGAGGAGCAAAUACUUAACUCCACUUUCGAAGCUUGUGAUCCCCAGAGGACAGGCUCUGUGGCUGUGACCCACGUACUAGCCUACCUGGAGGCUGUGACAGGACGAGGCCCCCAGGAUGCACGCCUCCAAACACUGGCCUGCAGCCUAGACCCCAACAGGGAGGGCCCUCAGGCCACCGUGGACUUGGACACCUUCCUGGUCGUCAUGCGGGACUGGAUCACUGCCUGUCAGCUGGAUGGAGGAUUAGAGCUGGAAGAGGAGACUGCCUUCGAGAGGCCCCUUACCUCCCAGCAACUGCCAUCUGAAUGCCCAGACACCGAGGAGCCAGCCAACCUGGAGAGCUUCGGAGGCGAAGACCCCAGACCUGAGCUGCCAGGCACAGCUGAUCUUCUGAGCAGCCUGGAGGACCUGGAGCUCAGUAACCGCAGGCUGGUGGGGGAGAACGCCAAACUGCAGCGCAGCGUGGAGACGGCUGAAGAGGGGUCUGCCCGUCUCGGGGAGGAGAUCUUGGCCCUGCGCAAGCAGCUCCGAAGCACCCAGCAGGCUCUGCAGUUUGCCAAGGCCAUGGAUGAGGAGCUGGAGGACCUGAAGAGUCUGGCCAAGAGCCUGGAGGAACAGAAUCACAGUCUUCUGGCCCAGGCCCGGCAGACAGAAAAGGAGCAGCAGCAUCUGGUGGCUGAAAUGGAGACUCUGCAGGAGGAGAAUGGGAAGCUACUGGCUGAGCGGGAUGGAGUGAAGAGGAGGACUGAGGAGCUGGCCAUGGAGAAGGAUGCUUUAAAGCGACAGCUCUGUGAGUGUGAACACCUCAUUUGCCAACGGGACUCCGACCUCUCUGAGCGCACUUGCCACGCGGAGACUCUGGCCAAGACCUUGGAAGAGUACAGAACAACAACUCAGGAACUGAGGCUGGAAAUCUCACACCUAGAGGAGCAGCUGAGUCAGAUCCAAAAGGGGCCAGAUGAGCUACCCGUAGGGGCUCAGGCAAGAAGAGUGGGCUGGACCAAGCUGCUGCCCCCAUCGCUGGGCAUGGAGAUCCAGGCCAUUCAGCAGAAACAACUUCCCUCCCAGAAACAAGAAGAGGCAGCCACCGAUCUCUCCAGCCCUCUGUGUGGGGUGUGGCAGUGGGAGGAGGACAUCAGUGAGAGUGAUGAGGACGCGGACUUUCUACCUGAAGCCCCAACCGAAGGACAGAGAAAUUUCCAGGGAGAGCCAGCAUACCCUCAUGAAAGAAGGAAGGAGCGAUCGAUAUGGUUGCCCAGAAGAGAGGAAGAGGAGGAAGCAGAUAUCCAAGUCACGGCUGAUCUCUCCAUCCCUCUGGGAGACCCUCACCCUGGAGACAUUCCAAGAAGCCCUCCUGAGAGCAGCCCCGCCCAGCCAGACCUGCAGCAAGCUCUGGUGCCUGUGGAGAAGAAGCUGAUCCCAGUCAGGAGGCCAGUCUGGGGCCAGCUCUGCCUGUGCCCCCUGCAUCCCCAGCAGCUCAGGGUUACUGGGCACCCGCUGAUCCCGGCACCUGUCCUGGGUCUCCUGUUGCUGCUGCUGCUCUCCAUUCUGCUGCUGGGUCAGUCCCCGCCCCCCACCUGGCCCCACCUCCAGCUCUGCUACCUCAGGCCCCCACCGGUGUGAGCCAUGCUCUUCCCUUGAGAGCAACGUCUAGUUCAGUGAAUUCCUCAGGCUCUUUUUACUGUUGUUCCUAUUGUUAUGUCACUGUUAUCUGGGAUUACCCCAGUACUGAGACCCCAGAUGCAGUACUCCAUGAUCCCUGUACAGGGUCUUUUUGUGAAGUCUCUUGGUUUUUUUAUGUUGGCAAAUACAUUUCUUAACAAUAGCAAAACACACCCAAUAAUGGAGUAAGCACUAGGGGUUUAUUCUCCUCACUAAACAAGCCUGGAGAACAGCAGUAGGCCCACGGUCCAGUCUCCACAGCCUCGGGGCCAGCACGCUGUGAUUCUCUGUGAUUUUCCUGGCCCUUCUCUCAUGCUCAGAGGAUGGCGGGCAUUGUAGCUUCAUACGUCAUAUCUGCAGAGAGAAGGGGACACGUUCCUUCUUUUUUUGUAAAGAAAAGCAGUAGCCUUCCCAGAGCCAGCAGCAGACCUGUGUUUAUGUCUUGUUGGCCAGACUGUUGGGCGUCAUCACCCCUAGCUGCAAGGGAGGCCAAGCGCCUCUCCUGGCAGAAAGAGGGAGAAAGAGAUGUGGGCCAGGCACACACCACAGAUGGUCCACUACAGUGCAAACAGCCAGCAGGAGGUGGACCAGUGUGCCAUUUGUUCACUCCUCCGACACGUAGAGAUCAUCUAUUUGCCACAGCUAGAACUUAGAAGAUAAAGUUGUAGAGAAACAGGCCUCCAGUGCCAGGGUGAGGAGCGUUCAUUUUCCCCAAGGAUGAUGGGAACUUUAUAGGUUUUGUUGCUUGUUUUUGAUUACUUAUGCUUUAAUUGAGGUGUAAUUUACAUACAGAUAAAUGGACAAAUCUUAAGUAUUAGCUGGAUGAAUUUUUGCAUAUGUAAACACUCGAAAACAAAACCCAACCCAGUUCAAGAUAUAGAACAGUUUCAGCACCACAGAGGCUUUCUUGGGAGAGUUUUGAGCAAGGGUGGGACAGAGUCACACCUGUUUAAAGACAGAUAGUGACCGGCUGGUGUGGCUCAGUG